CCUGCCUCGGACCGGCUCGCGUGCGUGAGAGUUUUCUCUCAACUGCUCACUGAUCUCACGGAGGAGAAACUUAACGCAGAAAAUUCUCUCCCAGAAAAACAAAAAAACAAAAGCGCGGAGCUCCGUCUGUUUAAAGGAAGCGUCAAGGCCGGACGGGUGUGAUUAGUGCCUGAAAUACAACCAAACACUCUCACACACGCACAGUGCUGGAACCUCAGGUGCCGGCUAACAGAGGGAUAAACUUCUGAAGUGUAUGCUCCAGAAGGACACUGAUUUCAGACAUGGAGACCUUCACAACUACUUUGGCUUUGCUGAUGAUCUUCAGUGCUGCUGCAGCUUCAGAUUUUUCAGACUGCAAUCUGAUGGGGAUUUACGGAACCCAAAGCGGAUCCAUCAGCGUGGAUGAGAUAACGGGGAAGUGCAGGACCAACUUCGUCACAGAGAACGGGACAGAAGUGCACAUUGUCAAUCUGCGCAUCAAUCCAGGGACCUCCUACCCAAUAAUUAGUGUGGAUACCGAGUCUCCGUCCAUCCUGAUCUUCACCUGCCCAGACACUCACAUCUACAUCUCUGUCCUCUACAACUUCAGCUCCAACAUAAAGCUCUACGUGACAAGCGGGACUCAGUUGAUAGCUUACAGGAAUGGGGCUCAGAAUCGGCAAGACGUUGGGAUUCACAGUGCUCCAGCUUUCCAGGGCAGUGAGCUGGUAUCAUGGGCAACAAAACAGUUCGGAGGAGUUACAUCCUUCACUACAUUCCAAAAUCCAGGCAACAUCUUCUUCUCCAAGCUAAAAGAGACCCCGGGUUCGUCCAUCUGCCAGCUGAACCAGCAUCUACAAUCCCACGCGGAUGCAGUUCAGUCUUGCUCACUGGAUUCUGAGGACGAGCUUCACGUCAUCAACAUCCCAGAUCACAUUAGCGUCAGGAACGUCACGGUGAGCGUGAGUUCGAGUGACGAUGCCAAAAUCAAGCUGGCGCUAAGGGGUCCGGUUGGUACAGUCUGGACCAUCAACGGCCAGGGAGAGAUCUCUGUCCUGAACAACAACGCCUUAUAUAUAGGCGAUUUCCUCAUGAAACCGAAAUCGAUCCUCUCUGACAGCGACACCGAGCUGUGGGAUAAUGCACUCGGUUAUUUUAAGGACACAUCAAUCAGCAGCUACACGAAGAUUUAUCUGGAGUCCAGUCCAGCGAUCCACAUCAGGAUCAGAACACAAAUGCCCACUGAAGUCACUGAAAGAACUGAGACCACAGAGUCUCCCACGUCUCCCAACAACAUGCAGUUGUUCACGUCUCCAGAUUACACGGAGGAGCUUCAUCUCAACACCAAGGUGCAGACCAACGAGAGGAUCUACGCUCAGGUCUCGAGUUUGGUCCAUGGCGAGUUGGAGCUAAUUAUCAGUGUGAAGUCAUGUGUGGUUAGGUCUACAGAUAUCCAACCAGCGGUGAAGGACAUCUCCGUUAAGGCGGAGCCGUGCACGGCGUGCCGUAAUAACAACAGGUUCAGCUUCUCCCUCGACAUGCUGCAGGAUCAUCCCUCCAACAUCUGGGAGCUUCAGUGUUACAUCAGCCACUGUAUUAAACACCACAAACUGAGUUGUUCGAAACCGCAGGUCGUGGCCAAGAAAGUGCAAGUCACGCCGUACAUCCCACCACAGAAUCCAUGUUUUGAGUUCAGCCUUCAGUCGGUUCUGGGUAUCGCCUUCGGAGGUUUCCUCAUCGGCAUCCUGCUCAUGGCCGCUCUCUGGUUCAUCAAGAUCCGUACAGGUUACCCCGUCGCUCUGGGUUUUGGCUCCACAGGGACCUUCUUCUCAGGAUGUCCAUGCGGUCUGACUAAGCGUCACUCUGUGCCCACUAACCCGUCCCCCUCUGAGAACAGCAGUGCCAACGGCAGCAUGAGCAGCACCCAGAGCACACCGACCAGCAGCAUGGCAUGAGCAUGCUCAGAGAGGGACACACACACACACACACACACACACACACACACACAUAGACGAACAGGGCAGGGCUUUUUUCGUCUGAACCGGGAACUUUUUAAAACUCCGCCUCUGCAGCCACCCAGCAACAGGAAGUCAGCGGGACAAAAAAACCCUUGCCUCGGUCCGAGACAGGAAAAACACAGCAUAUCCCCCAAGAACUAACAGGAAAUUCACAGCAUUCCUCUCGACAGAUCGGAGGCACAAUAAGACUCAAGGAGAAAAACA